AACUAGAAAAAGCUAUUUUGGCUCGCAAUACCGGAGAAAUAGUCAGCGUGGAAAAGGAAAUGAUUAAACAAAAUUCGGAAGAAGGAGAAAUCGUUUAUCCGUUACGUCCCGGAAAAAAGUUAAGGGUUCAACUUGGAGACAAGGUAGUCCCAGGCGAAAGGCUAACCACCGGAAAAGUUUCCUUAGAAGAGUAUUUAACCAUUAUGGGUCGUUCGGCUUGUCAAGAUUACAUUAAAAAUCAGAUCCGCAAAGUAUAUAGCGGACAGGGGAUAGAUAUUAAUGAAAAACAUAUUGAAAUAUUUGCCCGUUUAAUGCUCUCCAAAGUCGAAGUAACUGCCAGCGGAGAUAGCAAUUAUUUAGUGGGUGAUAUAGUCGAUUAUUGGCAUCUCCAAAAACUUAAUCAAAAGUUACAAACCGCCAAAAAGCAACCGGUUGUUUUUAAAAAUAUCAUUUCUAGUCUCAAAGAUUUAGCUUCUCACCCAGCUUCUUUCUUAGCCGGAAUAUCUUUCCAAAAUGCUCUGAAAGGUCUUGUUAAUUAUGCCUUGUAUAAUCCCAUUGAUUACUUGCAAUCACCUAAGGAAUGUGUGAUGGCCGGUCAAUUAGUUCCGAUUAUGCAAACUCAGUCCGGACGCAAUAAUCAAGGAAAAAUUACUACGCGUCACCAAGGAGGCCGUCAUAAAAGAUUUUAUCGUCUUGUUGAUUUUAAACGUUAUCCUAAAGAUGAUAUAACUGGAAAGGUCAAAAGCAUCGAAUAUGACCCUAAUCAGGGAUUAAAAGUUGGUGACCAAAUAAUUAGUGGGGCAAGCAAAGAUAUUCCGCUAAAAAUCGGUAAUAAUUUGCCUUUGAAGUUCAUUCCUGAUAAUACCCCGAUACACAAUCUGGAAUUGAAGCCGAAAAAAGGGGGAGAAUUAAUAAGGAGUGCGGGAACUUAUGCGGAAAUAAUCGGUCGGGAAGAAA